AUGGAACACCCUGCCGUGACCUCCUGGCUACACGACCGUUGCAUCGACGCUAGCUAUGCGGACUCUCGUGGGGAAACGUUUCUUCACCAAGCAGUCACAGAGAACGUGGCGUGUGUUCAACGCCUCAUCGACCUCGGCGUUAAGCCAGAUUCCGCCGACAAAACCGGCUGGUCAGUUCUUCACGAGGCCCUCAGUGGACCUGGCCAUACUCCCAUCGUCAAGCUUCUUAUCGAUCGUGGAGCAAAAGGCGACACGAAGACUCACUCGGCUGAAGAGAGUAUUAGAGCAAAGAUCGACCCUGAGAUGACCGUCGUUGGCGUUGGUACUGCGAUUCUUCUUAAGGCCUCCUAA